AUGGAGAAGCUACCAGUAGAGCUUGUCUCCCGGAUAGUUGAAUAUGUCGAACCGAAUGAGCUAGCGAACCUCCAGCUUGUCUCGCGCCGCCUCUUUGACAUCUGCCGUGACAAUCCGAUCUGGCGACGGCACUGCUACGAGGCAGCUCGCAACAGAUUGCAAAUCCACAAAUCUUUGUUUGGUGCCAUAAGGUCUGAAACUGCUACUUCCUUCUUCCCUGCAACCGUGCCCGGCUCACAAGGUAACAGAAGCAGCAGAAACAGCAACAACCAAGGUGGCAUCCUGGAUGUUAUAGUGCGGACACAGGCUCAGGGCAGCGGCACUGUCGAUCGGUCAGAAUCUUUCCUUGAAAAUAGAUUGGGGCGUGACCAGUGGAUCAGCCAAUGGGAUUCUUCCUACAGUGGAGAGGAAAUCGACUGGUAUUCUGAGUACAUCGCGCGGAAUGUUCCAAUCUCAGUUCACUGGCUGCAGGAACCGGAUGCUGCUGGUAAUCACAAUGGAGACGCAGGGAUCAUUAAACCUGAAGUCAAGGGAAUGGGGCUGAUGAAAGAUCGCAGUUACGGGGGUGCUGAUAAGAUAAUUGGCCCUCUGGAUGACGGCACGUUAUGCCUGUGGGAUCUUAACCGUUCGACUUUAAGUGAACGAAACUCAAGAGGAAGGAUCAUCGGGACCAGCGCACCUGGGAUCCUUACUACAGAUAUGAUGCGAAGCAGGGCUACGUUCUCAUCCUCAAACGCGCCUAUAAUCGAUUUUAUCGGGGUCGGGGAGUGUGUUAGCGUCGAUUCAUUCCGGCAAACUGCUUAUAUCGCCGUAGGGCACAUCUUAAACGAGGUUGAUCUGUCCACCCUGCAAGUGAUCUCGCAGAAGAAAUUCCCUUGGUCGAUAUUUGCCCUUUCUCAGGAAACUGAAGAGUAUUCGGCGCCGCUAACAGUGGGAACGACGCGGAGCCUUCACCUCUAUGACCCUAGGAUCCGCUCACUAGACUCUAGGAUAUGCAGCCCCGUAGCUCCAGACAAUGACAGAUACGUAUCUUUGCUCCAACCCAUUCCUCUCUCUAUAUUACACUCUCCUCUACCAAAUAUAAACUCAUUCGCCAUUGCCGGACGUUUUUCUGCGAUUCUACUGUACGACAGGCGCAACUUGUCAGGUGUUCUAAGUAUUGCACAUUCGGGGUCAAGUAUAAGUAGCUUAGCUGCCCUCCCGAUGUGUCCUCAACCAUACGCAUCCAGCCGGCCCCAGCUACGAGGUAACCACACUAUAGUUGCAUGUGGCGAAUACAAGGGACGUGGCUCUCUUGAGUUGUUUUCGACUAGCAUGCCCGCCAACUCCGGAGACUACGGGAGCCAGAGGCGUCCGAUGCUUGUAAAGGAGGCAAUCUGUCAGAAUCGACAGAGUGCCUCAGGCUCAAAGCUUUUGUCCGUGGCGACCCAUGGGACCCGAAUUGUCUUCACUGAUGCCAACGGGAAUAUAAAAUGGGUGGAACGAGAUGGUCGAACCGAAGUACGACGAUGGAACUUGAGCAUGGAUGCCAUCUCUCGCAAACGUCGACGAGCUCCGCUGGCUCCGCAUAGAUUGAACACUUUUGAUUUAGAAUACUGGCCUGGCGAACAUGAGAUUGGUGGUUCAGAUAUCGUUCGCAAAAUCCUACCGACCGGAUAUAAUGAUGUGCUUGACGAUGAGCUCCUCAUAUGGACGGGGGACCGGAUUGGUCGGCUGCGGUUUUCAGAUAAGCCUGGCCGCGACUGGAACUAUGAAGCAGAGAUUUAUCGAGAGGAAAGGGAGGCUGCAAGACGUGAGAACGAACGUAACACGAUUGCGUACGAGGAAGCUGUUUGUCGAUCGCUACAGACUCAGCGAGAGGAACUGACGUGGAUGGGAGCCUUUGGGAUUGGAAGCUGA